AUGGCUCGGGACGAAGUGGCGGAAGCAAAAGCAUCUGCUUCUGGCACUCGGCGAAGAUCGCUUGAGGAUGUCAUAUCUUCUCCAGUACCCCGUCAAUUUGUUUCUGAAUCGGUGUACUACGCACCGGAUGAGAAAAGGAAGAAUGAGGCGAGAACUGUCGAAUCGGAGAUCAAUACUGCGGGACAGAAGACACGGAAAACGCAAAAGUCUGAAGUGCAACGAUGGUCACCAACUAGACAAUUGCAAUGUGAUGAUGGAGAUGCUGAUGCUAUGCCGUCACUUGCUGCGGAUGAGCAACCGAUUCCAGCCACGUCGAGCGAUAUGACAAUGGAAAGCAGCUGUGUCUCUGAACGUGACUCAUUGUUAGAACGACUACGGGAGAAAGAAAAACAAUUUGAUGAGAAAAUCAUGGCGCUCGACGAGACACUUCUGUGUGCCGAGAGAGGCCGUUUGCAGCGCGACAAUAUCAUUGAUAAUCUCCGCGCAGAGGUGGUGCGGCUGCGGGCACAGUUGGAGCUUGCGGCUGGUGCAAAGAGUCAAACGGACGAGCUGCGCGAUCGCGUCCUCAAGGAGCGGACAGUGGCGCUGGAAGAAGCGCGAGCCAAGGUGGAAGAGCUUAGCGACAGACUUCAUGAAAAGGAUCAGCGCGUGAGGCAGCUGGAAAAAAAACUUAGCCUGCGGAGUAACGUUGCUUCUGUCCCUUCACAAGGAAGAGGGGAAGGAACGCCAGUGGCGCGGGAUAAGCAGCAGCAGCUGAUGAAGUCGGCAAAAAUCGAUACCGCUGGUGAUAAUUCUACGAUGGGCAGGGAACAGGAAAGGAAACGGGAACAGGAAAGAAAACGGGAACGGAGGCAGGAAAGGGAACGGUAUGCUGCAAGUCUGCAUGCGCUGCAGGACGAAGUCAAUGCGCUGGAGCGAAAACACCAUGUCGUCCGGAAGGAGAGAGAGGCACUGGCAGAUGAAAACAAUGCGCUUCGCUCCAAGUUGGAAGCAAUUCAGGAAAGUAUGGAGGCCCGUGUUUCGGAAGCCAUGAAAAAAAUGCAAAGCAACAUUGCCAUGAAGCGUGACUUCGAAGCGGAGAUGGUGGCGACGCGUUUAAGCAUGGCGCGGUUGCUUCGACUCCUCAGCGAGGUACCUGAGAUGCGGCGGUAUUUGCGUGUGGGCGACAUAGACGGGGAAAUGAUCUUCGCCGGAUACACAACAGCAACACCAGCGUCGGCGAAGCCUUCCAACGACGACACGGGAUUCUCACGGCGACGAAACGGAGGCUCUCUAGAAGCCCCCCUCGGUACUGGUCUGGAUGAUGGAAUUUACGGCGGGAACACGCUCCUACAAUCGUGCAACGUGUACCUGAAUGGUCAGUGGUGUAAGCAGCUGCAGGAAAUCAUUGAUGAUGAGAAUUAUUUCCUGCGUCGCUCUAGAAUACACAUCGGCGAAUUAGAUGACGCAUCCCGAUGUGGUAGAAUUGAUGGCAUUCCGCGUGUCCCGUCACCUUGCGAUGUGCUAAAGGGACGUCGGCACGACAAGGACUUCUGGAUACCGCAUGCUGUCUUCGUUGAGGCGCAGAAAUUCAAGAACCGCUACCUUCCGUCUCUAAGUCACGAGUGCUUCUAUCCUUUUCUUAUCGAAAUCAACAGAGUGUGGAACGAGAAGAUGAGACACCGGGUGGCGGCGGAGACGCGGCGACGACUUCAACAACAGAAGCAACCGCAACAGCUCCAACAACACUAUACAAAGAGCGGAGAAUCAGGUGGCUCUUCUUUCUAUGGUGAGUUCCCACGUCUCAUCUCCUCAUCCGCCUCAGCUCUGUGGCAACAGCAGCAGGCGCUGCGACGUGAGGUGCGUCGGCGGGUCACAGGGAAAAACAGUCUUGAGUUGUUUAAUCUUUACGACCAGCUCGCGAAGUGUGCACUGCAACACCUACGCGACGUUCAGGCUCAGCACGCCGCGCUGCUAGAGCAACACCACUAUCCCCAUGCAGUUGAACACGCACACACGGAGAUCGGCCUUAUCGAUGAGCACAGCAAUAGGAGGGGCGUGGACGAUGACGCGAGUGAAGCGGACCAAGACAACAAUGAGGCCCUCGAACUUGUACGACACACGUUAUCCACUCUGGUGGACGAAGUAAAAGACAUCAGUGAGCGAUCUUCGUCGCACGUCCUCGCCUCCUGUCGUGAUCUGCAGCAAUUCCUCACGGCACUGCGUGACCAACAAUUGCAAACGGGGUCGAACGAUAAACAGCAACACGAGCAAUCGCGCAAAAAUGAGAAUUCGGGACUCCUACAUACAACAGCGGAGGCAGCAACGCCUGCAGCAGAAUGCGUUCCAGCAUCAACGCUCCUCCGUAUCAUAGAUGGAGUACUUGACUUUGUAGAAGAAGUCCAGCAGGAGAUAUUUGCGGCGCGCAACGCCAUUUUCAGAUGUGCCGCGCGUGCAGAUGAGAAAAGGGAGCUUCUCCUUUUCUCUGGCAACGACGACAGCGACGCUGACAACGAUGACAAGGGGAGUGAAGUCGACGAAACAGGGGAAAACGAAUACGAAAAGGGGAGACGGCAGCGUCAGCCGAGGCCCCACUCGGACUCCUACUAA